CAGGAAAUUAUUCUUGUCUAUUUUGUAAAAGAGCAUCAAAAAGACACUCUUUAAAAAUGACCGCCGAAGAAACCAAAGAUGCGAUCCCUGAAUUCUCUUCUGAACCCUCGGAAGCCGAAAAACAGAUGAGUUUCAAAGAGAAAUUGGCCCUGAUAGACAACGAAGUUCGAGAACUGUACGACUUUUGCGUCAAAGCGGGUUACUCUCCUGCCCAGAUAGAAAAGUGUGCUGAACCAAUUCUUGUUGUUGAUAAGACUGAAAGUAAAAAGAAAUGGCUCAAAAGGCUAGCAUUUAUCCUUUUGAUAGUUGCUUUUAUUGCUACUCUCUUUCUUUACGAGCCGGCUUACGAUAAGGCCAGUAUUUAUUGUAAACUUGUAGCAUUAAAGAUUCUUCCAUAUUGGGACUGGCGAUAUCUCUAUGAAGAAGACUGCUUGAUAAUCAACCCAUACCGUGUUGAGGAAGGUAUCUCAGAAGAAGACUGUGAAACAAAAUGCAGUGAGCUCAAUAGGAUAGAAGUCUUGACAAAUACUAACCACAAAAUCAUAGCUGAUCUUCUGUUCAAAGAUAUUCCUGUUGUUAUCAAGGAUGCUACUGAUGACUGGAGUGCACGGAAGAAAUUCAGUGUAGAAUUCCUAGCUCAGUUAUUUCAAGAGAGAGAAGUACUUAGUGAGUCUGGUGUUUGCCAAUUCCAGUCUACUGUUGAGGGCUAUAGUCAUCCUGUAUCUUUCUUGGAAGAUGUAGUUGAAGGAAAAAUUGAAGGCAGCUAUCAGGCAUACUGGGAAAACUGUGAAAAGAAAGCUGCAAGAGAGUUCAGACAGUUCUAUAGACGACCAUAUUUUCUGCCACCAAUGGUAGAAGCAGAUGAAGGCAACUGGAUGAUCGUCUCAUCAGGAGGUUCAAAGUCACUUAGGGUAUCAUGGGCUUCAACCAUCACCUGGCUUUCACAGAUAACUGGCCAGAGUCGCAUUCUUCUAAGGCCUGAUCCAGUUUGUAAGAAAGUUUGCCAGCCACUAUCAGUAAUGUUAAAACCUGGAGAUUCUCUCCUCAUGGCAAACGAGUUGUGGACCAUGUCAUACAAACCAAUAGGAGAAGAACCGGUCAUUGCUAUUGGAGCUACAGGGUCAACAUUUUAAUUAAACGAGUAGUUACUUUAGUAGCCUAUAACGAAAUGUGUAGUGUUAUUAAUUGUAGAAUAUAGAAAAUAAAUUACAGUGUUCAUUGAUA